AUGUCGGACCCUGUCGUACGCGACCACGCGGUCUCCAAAAAGGAGAAGGACUCCUCCAGCUCUGAUCACACCCCUUCGGAUAAUGUUUUGAGUGGGCCGAUUGAGGGUGAGGUGACCGAUUUCGAGGAGAGACAAACCGAUCUGGAGAAGCAGAAAACCGCUGAAGGUAACGCACAUUUCAACCGUCUGGGGUGGAAGCGCCUUACCAUUGUCCUAAUCGUUGAGGCAAUUGCUCUUGGGUCUUUGAGUUUGCCUGCUGCCUUUGCCUCUCUCGGCAUGGUUGCCGGUGUUAUCUGCUGUGUUGGUCUCGGUCUCGUCGCUAUCUACACCUCGGACAUUGUUGGCAAGGUCAAGAUUGCCUACCCCGAAGUUGCCCAUUAUGCAGAUGCUGGGCGGCUUCUGGCAGGUCGCUUUGGAUACGAAGUGGUCGGAGCCAUGUUUGUUCUUCAAUUAACUUUCCUCGUUGGGUCUCACUGCUUGACCGGUACCAUCGCCUUCCUCAACAUCACGGAGAACGGUGCUUGCUCAGUUGUCUUUGGUGUUGUUUCGGCCAUCAUACUGCUUCUACUCGCCAUCCCGCCCUCGUUUGCCGAGGUGGCUAUCCUGGGCUACGUCGACUUCGUUUCAAUCUUGCUAGCCAUUGGAAUCACCAUCAUUGCUACUGGUAUCAGUGCUGGCCAGGCUGCAGGCGGCAUGUCCUCGGUUCAGUGGUCCGCUUGGCCCAAAGAAGGACUUACCUUUGCUGAGGGAUUCAUUGCCAUUACCAACAUCUGCUUCGCCUACAGCUUUUCCAUGUGCCAAUUCUCCUUUAUGGAUGAAAUGCACACUCCCAAGGACUAUGUUAAGUCGAUCUGGGCUCUUGGUCUUAUUGAGAUCUUCAUCUACACUCUGACAGGUGCUCUGGUGUACUCGUUUGUCGGUGUUGAUGUUAAGUCCCCGUCACUGCUCUCUGCCGGCCACACUGUGUCCAAGAUUGCCUUUGGUGUCGCUCUGCCCGUCAUCUUCAUCUCGGGAUCAAUCAACACGACUGUUAUUGGACGAUACAUCCACGGCCGAAUUUACAAAGACUCCAUCACCCGAUACAUCAACACUCCUAAGGGAUGGGCUACCUGGUUGGCUGUUAUUACCGCCAUUACCAUCGCCGCCUUUAUUAUCGCCGAGGUGAUUCCCUUCUUCAACGACUUGCUUUCAAUAUCCUCCUCCCUCUUCAUUUCCGGCUUCACCUUCUACUUGCCAGCGUGGAUGUGGUUCAAGCUCCUGAAGAAGGGCAAGUGGUAUGCCAAGGAGAACUUGUUGAGAUCCUUCAUCAACGCCGGCUGCUUUCUCAUUGGUAUUGUUGUCUUGGUGUGCGGCACAUACGCUAGUGUUGACGACAUUAUCUUGUCUUUCCAGAAUGGUAGAACCAAGGGCGUCUUUACUUGCGGACCGAUUGCAUAA